AGAGCCCUUAUCCUCAUCCCAAGUCCUAACGAAUCAAUUUUGCAGCCUCUCACUUCAUUCCUCCCAAGCUUUUCCCGAGAGUGAGUGAGUGAGCAAUGGAGAUAGCUAUUGGUUCGCAUUCUUCUAUCUCUCCCGCUCCUCUACCUCCAAGAACCCAUAUUCAUGUUACCACAAAAAGCUCCAGUCUGUCUUUACGUUUCUUAAAAAACAGCUUCUUUGGCAGCAAAUUGGCUUCUUGUUUGACAGCGGAAGCUCCAUUUCGGUUUAGCUCAGGAAACCUAUUUCGGAGUUCUGUCAAAUGCUCAUCUUCUCCGGCCACUGAAGUCUCUACCGAAAAACGGAGCCAUGUCAUGAGGAGAAGUGACAUAAGGAAUAUUGCAAUUGUGGCUCAUGUCGACCAUGGAAAGACUACAUUGGUGGAUGCAAUGUUGAGACAAGCAAAGGUUUUCAGAGACAAUCAGUUUGUAAAGGAGAGGAUAAUGGAUUCAAAUGAUCUGGAACGUGAAAGGGGAAUAACUAUACUUAGCAAAAACACCUCAAUUACUUACAAUGAUACAAAAAUAAAUAUAAUUGACACCCCUGGCCAUUCAGACUUUGGAGGUGAAGUGGAACGCAUCCUUAACAUGGUGGAAGGAGUUCUUUUAGUGGUAGAUUCUGUGGAGGGUCCAAUGCCACAAACAAGAUUUGUUUUGAAGAAGGCCUUGGAAUUUGGCCAUGCUGUGAUUGUUGUUGUCAAUAAAAUUGACAGGCCUUCUGCUAGGCCAGACUUUGUAGUCAAUUCCACUUUUGAGCUUUUCAUUGAACUCAACGCAUCAGACGAACAGUGUGACUUCCAGGUAAUAUACGCAAGCGGCAUCAAGGGAAUAGCAGGGCUUGAAACUGAGAAUUUGGCAGACGAUCUUGGACCACUUUUUGAGUCCAUACUUAGAUGCAUUCCUGGACCGUGUAUUGAAAAAGACGGUGCACUUCAAAUGCUUACUACAAAUAUUGAAUAUGAUGAUCAUAAAGGGCGUAUAGCUAUCGGGCGUGUACAUGCUGGAACUUUGCAUAGAGGAAUGGAUGUGCGGAUAUGUACAUCAGAGGAUAGUUUCCGAUUUGGCAGAGUUAGUGAACUUUUUGUGUAUGAGAAGUUCUAUAGGGUUCCUGCAGAAAGCGUGGAAGCUGGUGAUAUCUGUGCUGUUUCUGGCAUUGGUGAUAUUCAGAUUGGGGAGACUAUUGCAGAGAAAAGUAACGGAAAGCCAUUACCUACCAUAACAGUUGAAGAACCCACAGUGAAAAUGGCAUUUUCUGUCAAUAUUUCCCCAUUUGUUGGUCGUGAGGGUAAGUAUGUCACAAGUAGAAACUUAAGAGACCGUUUGUCCCGUGAGCUCGAGAGAAAUCUAGCCAUGAAAGUUGAAGAUGGUGAAACUGCAGACUCAUUUAUUGUUAGUGGACGGGGAACUUUGCACAUUACCAUAUUAAUUGAGAACAUGCGAAGGGAAGGGUUUGAGUUCAUGGUCGGACCUCCCAAAGUAAUCAAUAAAAGAGUGAAUGACAAGUUGCUGGAACCUUAUGAGAUUGCUAUAGUAGAGGUUCCUGAAGAACACAUGGGGUCCGUGGUGGAACUCCUUGGUAAAAGGCGCGGGCAAAUGUUUGAUAUGCAAGGGGUUGGGUCAGAAGGAACAACUCUCCUGAAAUAUAAAAUACCAACCCGCGGUCUUCUUGGACUGAGAAAUGCAAUCUUGACUGCUUCACGAGGAACUGCCAUUCUCAACACUAUUUUUGAUAGCUAUGGACCGUGGGCGGGCGAUAUUUCUACACGGGAUCAGGGUUCACUGGUUUCUUGUGAGGAUGGAACAAGCACGUCUUACGCUCUAUCUAGCUCACAAGAAAGGGGGCAAAUGUUUAUAAAACCUGGGGUCGAUGUUUAUAAAGGCCAAAUAGUUGGCAUUCAUCAGCGCCCCGGUGACUUGUCUCUCAAUGUCUGCAAGAAGAAAGCUGCAACCAACAUUCGUUCAAACAAAGAGCAAACAGUGGUUCUUGACACCCCACUGGAUUAUAGCCUGGACGACUGCAUAGAGUACAUUGAAGAAGAUGAGUUGGUUGAAGUUACUCCCCUCAGUAUCCGCAUGUGCAAAAAUCCAAAGCUCUCGAAGAGGACAAAGUAAGAACUUAUUUACGGAGGAGAUCAUUUAACCCACAACAAUUCUGUAAAGUGUUCUCAAUAAUUUCAGACCACUACUAUAUAAUUCCAUAAGCGUGAUCAUAGUUAUAUAAAGUGGUGUAGAAAAUAUUGGUCCUAUUCACACAUAGAAUUCCAUUCAAAUAAAAAUAAGAGAUAAUCUUAGCCAUUUAUGUGAACAAUUGAAUGAAAGAGAUCCAUUUUAGUAAUUAAGA